AAAAAAAAACCAGAUAAGAACACCACAAAUGGAGGACUGUGGUACUACUAGCGCAGCGGAGGGUACAACUGACUUCCGAUGCGUGCAGUGUGGAUUCCCUAUCAAAACCCUCUACAUUCAGUAUUCCCCAGGAAACAUUCGCCUCAUGAGAUGUGGCAAAUGCAAAGCAGUUGCUGAUGAGUACAUCGAGUGUGAAUUGAUGAUUCUCGUAAUCGAUUUGAUUCUGCACAAGCCGAAAGCAUUUAGGCAUUUGUUCUACAAUAUGUUCAGUAAAGAGACCGUCAACUUUGAGGUACAAUUUCAUUCGUUAACAUUUGCUAUCGUAAAAUUGGGUUCGACUUAG